AUGGCCAAGGGAAAAGCCAAAAAUGUGGUGAUCAAGAUGCUGAGUGCGGCAGGCACUGGCUUCUUCUACACCACGACAAAGAACCCGCGCAACGUCACUAGGAAGCUCUCGCUCCGCAAGGUACAGCUCAACCUGAGGACUAUUAUGAAGUUUUGCUAG